AUGUCCAAUAGCACAGGGUUCGUGUCGAGUUCUACCGAUAAAGCCGCAUCCGUGGACGAAGCCGCGACAAUAGCCGCGUUCGGUGAAGAGCCUGAAACCAUCAGGAAGAUCAUGUGGCAUGCCUCGCAAGUGUGUUACCUUCAACGGCGUCACCCUCGAACCCCUCUCGAUAUUCUUGCGGGAAUCGUGCUCUGGGCGUGCUGCAAAUACUUUUGUCCUCAUCAAGCAUCCAUGCGCGUUGGACCUUCGAUUCAACUGGACGAGCCAUCCUUCUGUAGUUCUCAACGUGCCAGGCAGGCUGUCGAAAACUGGAUUAAGAACGGCGGCAAGACUUUCCCAGAAGGUGUGGGUGAUGUCCAGGAUCCUGAAGCGCCCAGCCGAGUUCUUCACCUUAGCGUGGAUAUGACUCAAAGGCUUAAAGUAUGGAAAAUGGCAUCUAAUGUAUCGGAAAUCUUCGUCCGCCUCUUGCAACGCGAGGAACAGGAGGCCACCCAACAGCACGAUGCCAAUAUGUUUCAGUCAUAG